UCUUUAAUCCCUGGCUAAAUUACAAAAAAAAAAGAAAAAAAUUGAAGGAAAAAUGCAAAAAGCCAAGGCAAAAAUGUAAAACAGCCGAUGAUGCAAAUAGCGUCCUAAGCGCACAAGAAUUCAUACAAAAUUCUACAAAUUAUAUAGUUAAAGUUAAGGCAAACGAAACGCACAACAAAAAGCCAAAAGUAGAUUAAGUAAUUAAAUUAAUAUAAUCACUAACCAAACAAAGCGAAAUCAUCUAAGCUGCAGAUUCAACUGAGGAACACUAACAACACCAAUUCUUGCCACGGAACUAAAAAAAUAAGAUCGUAAAAAUAUAGAAAUCACCAAUAAGCCAUUAUAUAUAAUUACCUGUAAUCCAAAGACGAUAUGCUUUCGAUCUGAGCCCAAUUGGACUGCUGGAGCAAUGAGCAUCGGUGCGACCUCGUUUUGGGUUCCGUCUCCGUCUCCACUUCCAAUUCCGAUUCCAAAUCCAAGUCCAAAUCAGAAUCCAAGUCCUUGUCCGCCUGCCGUUGCCAGGAGUAGCCAACAGUUGCAGCGGCUGUGUCUUUGAUGCCAGUUGGAGUUGGACUUGGAGUUGUGAUAGAGGAACAACAACAAGAACAAGUACGGGAAGGGGAACCGGAACAGGAAAAGGAUUUGGAUAAGGGGAAAGUGGAGCCCCCGUUGAAGUGGCGCCUCUGCCUUGCGCGAUGCAAGCGAACAGCAGCCGCUCCAAUUUAAGCGCACAAUCGUCGGGCACGCCGUCGGCCUCAACGAUCUCCUCGUCCCAGGGCAAGCAACAAGUUGUUGAACUAUCGGGCUAUGUCAUCAUACUCGUCGAAAAUGUGGAGGGUAAAAUUAAACUAUACGGCUCACCGCCCGAUCGCGAUAAUCUGGAAGUGGGCGAUGAGAUACUCGAGGUCAAUGGCCUGACUCUGGAGAAUAUAUCGCGCACAGAGGUUAUUCGCCACAUACACGACUGCAUCAAAUCCUGCACCAUCUGUCUGCGUGUGCGAAAGAAGAAUGAUUCACGACUGGCCUGGGAUAUUGGCAACUCGGUGCAGGACGCCUUCGUCAUCGCUGUUGAGGAGCACGCCCGCGAACGUCUGCAGAGAUUGGCGGCCUUGAACCGGGUCACGCCCGUCGACAUCACCCAGCUGUCCAAAAAGUUGCAACAAACGAAGAGUGGCACGACAACGAGUCAGCGGCAGGAUCUUAGCUUCCUGAACGAAUCGACGCCAAUCUAUGUGACAUCCUUCACGAGCAACCAGAUUACCUGCAGUAGUUCCACCAUGACGACGGCCACCGCUGGUGGACCGAUUAGUGCACCAUCCUUGGCGACGGCCACCACCACCGUGCCGACAGCAUCAUCGCACACCACCACUGUGGUGGCUCAAAUCGAACAUGGAGCAUCGGCGUUGGUUAGUGCCGCUGUGGCAGCUGCAACUGCUGCCGAUCGAAAUGCCAAUAAUACCACAUCGGCGGCCCUGAAACAGACGGCCAAUUGUAUUGGCAAUAGCAUCACAACUAGUAGUUCCACCAACAGUGCCACGGGACAUAUUUAUCAAACCAGCCAGGCGCAACAGCAGCAGUUGCAACAAUUGCAGCAGCAACUCGCUGCGGCGGCAGCGGCUGGUAAGCCCCUACAGGCCAAAUCCCUGUUGGCCAGCAGUUUGCAACAUCUGGCCGAGGAGGUGGACAACGAGGAUCUGGACGAUGAUGAUGAUGUGGAUGGGGCCAACUAUUGUGGGAUAACGUAUAUAAGUUAUAACAACAAGCAUGCCCAGUUGCCGACGACCACAUUACCAGCCACAACCGCCUUGCCAGCAGCAGCUGCCACAUUAGCAACCACAGCGGCGAUCCACCAACAAAGGCAGCAGCAAAGUCAACAGCAGCAGCAGCAAGUGCACCACCACAACCACCCACCAACAUCAAGUACACUCAAUCGACCCACGGCGCCGGCACCACUGCAACUUGGAGGUCCUGUGAAUCCCAGUUUUGUGGAUGCCCAGACAUCCACUUCACCGCUGAUGGUGCAGCAGCAGGAUGUGGCACAACCGCCAAUUUCGACAUCAUCAUCGGUGGUGAUGGUGGAGCGGCAUGUACAUGGAACCACUACGCCAAAAACGGAGUACUCCACCGCCAUUUCAAGUGGCCAAUUGCAGCAGGCAUUUGCCGAAUUGCAGCUGCACUCCAGCAACAAUAAUGCAACCCAACAGCAGCAACAUUUACUUUUAAGCAACAACAAUAAUAGCAAUAAUUCAAUGGCAGCGGCACAAACAACAGCAUCUCUGAUGAAGAAUUGUGAUCUACUGAUAUCGAACAAUCUGUAUCCACCGAGAAGAGAGUUACUAGAAGAAGUCAUAGUCCAUCAAGCCAGUGAUGUCCAUUCAUACGGCGCGAGUGCAACAGCAGCAAUUGCCAGCAGCAGCAACAGAUCACAGCAGCAACAUCAAUUGCUGAGUGCCGCUUACGAGUUGCAGCAGCAGCAGCAGCAACAGCAAUUACAACAACUGCAACAGCAGCAACAGAACAGUCCCACAAGUAGCAUAUCAAUAGGAAGAACUGAACUUUUACUGGGCGAUCAGAGUCUGCGGCAGGAUCCCAGAGGGAAUCGCCGGCGCUCCGGCUCGAGCAUUGUUGUGCUGGACGGCGACGAUUUGAAGCCAUGUCUGCCGGAUGACUACAUAAGCGGACAGCAUCACCUGAACCACCAGCACCAGUUGCAACUGCAGCAGCAGCUACAGCAGCAACAUCCGCAACACUAUCGCACGCACUCGGGCGACAUCAGGGAUAUUGACCAGGAAAUGCUGACCAUGCUGUCCGUGAACCAAGAUAACGGUCCACACCGUGAGAUGGCCGUCGAUUGUCCGGACACGUUCAUCGCACGCAACAAGACGCCACCCAGAUAUCCGCCACCCCGUCCACCGCAGAAACACAAGAAAUGCACCACCACCACCACAUCCACCGAUACAACCUCAACCAAAAUCACAGCUAUGACUAACAAUGAUCAUGCUAACAAAAUGUUAAUUGUUGCAUAUCAUUCUUCACAUCAACAUGAACAACUACAACUACAACAACAACCAUCACCACAUCAUGAACAACAACACCCAUCAAAAACAACAACAACAACAACAACAACAAUUGCACUCGAUGUGGCCACACAAAAUCUGUACAAUCAAAAACAACAAAAUAAAUUGGAACAAAUCGAAAACUAUGAAAAUUGCCUACAAUCGGAACUUGAGCAGAAGCAAAAUCAGCAGCAACAACUGCAAGUUGCAGCAACAGCAGCAGCAGCACAAAUCGCCCAGCAACAGACGCCCAGCCACAAGUUACAGGCAACAUUGAGCAGCGAUCCCAAUGGCAAUAGCAGCAAUGCCAACGGCACCAAUAGCAAUACCAACACCGUCGGCAGCAGCAGCAGCAACAACAGCAGCAUCACGGACGACUUCCUGUGCGUUGUGGAUGGUCUAUAUCAGCGCAAGGACUCUGCCUCGCCCUCAUCGAGUGCCUUCGAUGAGGUGAUGAGUAAGCAUACCUUGGACUCCUUUGGAAGCAUCGCCUAUCGUCACCUGCACCAGCAACAUCAGGCGACGAGCAAUGGCAAUAGCAACAGCAGCAACAGCAAUAGUAAUUGCAACAGCAAUACCAGCAAUAGCAACACAGCUGAUUUGAAUAAGACGAAUACGGUAGCCGGUGUGACUGGUAACAGCAGCAACAGCAACUCGCUGAACAGCAGCAACAGUUCGAUGCAUACCAGCAGCAGCGGUCACAGCAGCAACAUUGCAAGUGCAACAUCCACAAGCAGUUCAACGGUGCCGGAUGACUUGAGCUUGGCGCCGCCUGGUUACGAGGUGAGCCAGCAGCAACAGCAACAUCAUCAUCAGGUUGAUCCCGUAACAAUGUUGCUACCGCCGAUGGCUAAACAUCGGGAGUUGCCCGUGGAUGUACCAGACAGCUUUAUUGAGAUGGUGAAGACACCGCCGCGAUAUCCACCACCUGCUCACCUUUCUUCUCGCGGAUCGCUUUUAUCAAACGGCAGCGCCUCCACCGCCCACACAACACUCUCCUCGAUGGGCGUUUCGCCUUCGCCUGUUACUUCAACUGCAGCAGUAACAGCAGCAGCAACAUCAGCAUGUGCAACCGCUGCGGUUGCUGCGGUGGUUUCUGGUGUUGCUGACGGCGAUGCGAGGCGGGUGGCCGAUGAGCUCAAUGGGAAUGCGAAGCCCGUACCGCCGCCCCGUGAUCAUUUACGGGUGGAAAAGGAUGGGCGUCUGGUCAACUGCUCACCCGCACCACAACUGCCGGAUCGAAGGGCGCCGGGUAAUGCGAGUAGCGGCAGCAGCAGUGGCAUACCACAUCCGUUGCAGCAACAACAGAUCGCUCACAUCGUGGAGCCCACUUUGGAGCAGCUGGACAGCAUUAAAAAAUACCAGGAGCAACUGCGCCGAAGACGCGAGGAGGAGGAGCGCAUAGCGCAGCAAAAUGAGUUCCUGCGGAACAGUCUACGUGGCUCCCGGAAGCUGAAGGCGCUCCAGGAUACGGCCCCGCCAGGAAAAGCAGUGGCCCAGCAGCAACAGCUUGCAACGCAGGCCACUCAGGUAGUGGGCGUAGAAAAUGAGGCAUAUCUGCCUGACGAAGACCAGCCGCAGCAGGCGGAACAGAUUGAUGGCUAUGGCGAGCUGAUAGCGGCCCUUACCCGGUUACAAAACCAGCUGAGCAAGAGUGGGAUGAGCACGUUGGCGGGUCGUGUAUCAGCCGCACACAGUGUCCUGGCCAGCGCCAGUGUGGCCCAUGUCUUGGCUGCCCGCACGGCUGUUCUUCAGCGACGACGUUCCCGAGUCUCCGGUCCACUGCAUCACAGUGCCCUUGGACUUCAGAAGGACAUUGUCGAGUUGCUAACGCAGUCGAACACGGCGGCGGCCAUUGAGCUGGGCAAUCUGCUGACCAGUCACGAGAUGGAGGGUCUACUUCUGGCCCACGAUCGCAUUGCCAAUCACACGGAUGGCACGCCAUCGCCAACGCCGACGCCCACACCAGCGAUGGGAGGAAUGGGAUCUACACUCAGCGGUCACAGUAGUCCGGUGGCAGGACCCAAACGAAAUCUUGGAAUGGUCGUGCCACCACCUGUGGUCCCACCACCACUGGCGCAACGUGGAGCAAUGCCACUGCCACGUGGGGAGUCCCCACCACCGGUUCCCAUGCCACCGCUGGCCAUGCCCGUUAAUCUGCCGAUGAGCGCGUGCUUUGGCACACUUAAUGACCAAAACGAUAACAUCCGGAUCAUACAGAUCGAGAAGUCCACGGAGCCUUUAGGCGCCACGGUUCGUAACGAAGGUGAGGCGGUGGUCAUCGGUAGGAUUGUGCGCGGCGGAGCGGCAGAGAAAUCGGGACUGCUGCACGAAGGUGACGAGAUCCUGGAGGUCAACGGUCAGGAGUUGCGGGGCAAGACGGUGAACGAGGUGUGCGCCCUAUUGGGAGCCAUGCAGGGCACCCUGACCUUCCUGAUUGUCCCAGCGGGCAGUCCACCAUCCGGUGGAGUGAUGGGUGGAAACACUGGAAACACACUUGCCGGAUUGGGGGGAGCACAUCGAGACACCGCUGUUCUGCACGUUCGGGCGCACUUCGACUACGAUCCUGAAGACGAUUUGUAUAUACCCUGUCGGGAGCUGGGCAUCAGCUUCCAAAAAGGCGAUGUAUUGCACGUGAUUAGCCGCGAGGAUCCCAACUGGUGGCAGGCGUAUCGUGAGGGUGAGGAGGAUCAGACGCUAGCCGGUCUCAUCCCUAGUCAGUCGUUCCAGCAUCAGCGCGAAACGAUGAAGCUGACCAUUGCAGAGGAGGCUGGAUUGGCACGAUCCCGGGGCAAAGAUGGAUCGGGCAGCAAAGGAGCCACGCUCCUCUGUGCACGAAAGGGUCGCAAAAAAAAGAAGAAGGCCAGCUCCGAGGCGGGGUAUCCCCUGUACGCCACCACGGCGCCGGAUGAAACGGAUCCGGAGGAAAUACUCACCUACGAGGAGGUGGCUCUGUACUAUCCCCGCGCCACCCACAAGCGGCCAAUCGUCCUCAUCGGCCCGCCUAAUAUUGGACGACACGAGCUGCGCCAACGCCUGAUGGCCGACUCGGAGCGUUUCUCCGCCGCAGUGCCACACACAUCACGUGCCCGUAGGGAGGGCGAAGUGCCCGGAGUGGACUACCACUUUAUCACGCGUCAAGCCUUCGAGGCUGAUAUUUUGGCGCGCCGCUUUGUCGAGCACGGCGAAUAUGAGAAGGCCUAUUACGGCACAUCACUGGAGGCCAUACGCACGGUGGUGGCCAGCGGCAAGAUCUGUGUGCUUAACCUGCAUCCGCAGAGCCUCAAGCUGCUGCGCGCCUCCGACCUCAAGCCGUAUGUGGUGCUGGUGGCGCCACCCAGUUUAGAUAAGCUGCGUCAGAAGAAGCUGCGUAACGGCGAACCCUUCAAGGAGGAAGAGCUCAAAGACAUCAUUGCCACGGCCAGGGAUAUGGAGGCCCGUUGGGGUCACUUAUUCGAUAUGAUCAUCAUUAACAACGACACAGAGCGCGCCUACCACCAGCUGCUGGCCGAGAUCAACUCGCUGGAACGGGAGCCGCAAUGGGUGCCCGCCCAGUGGGUGCACAACAAUCGCGACGAGUCAUAAUGGGGUCACCAACCCCCCUUUACCCACUUCCCCUAGGAUUCACCCGCCUAUAUCCCAACAGAAAACCCAAACUCUUUGUAAAUACAAUUUUCAAUUGAGCCAUCAAGCGGAGAGCAGGAUCGAUUCCAGUCCAGUAGUUCGGUUUGCCUGCCGAUGCGAUUAACCCCGUACACCCGUACCCCUCCAAUAUUAUAUAUAAAUCUAUAUAUUUAUACAAUUCGUUGCAUAUGUGCAUUUUAGUCUUAGAUCGAAAGGUUUUUAAUAGUGCAUCCUUCCCCUGUUUUAAAAGCAUUCCAACCUCUUUAUGUAUGUUCACAAAAUUUGUUGUUCGUUGAACCAAUUUCGGGAUGCCACAGAGAAAUCUAGCAAAUUGAAAUCAAUAGUUAAGUUAUAUAUUAUUUCACACUUAUCGAGUGAUGUUCAAUAUGAAUAGUGAUUUCUGUGGCAUUGUCGUUUAUUUUUUUUUUUUACAAUUACCACUAACUUAUAUUGUAAACGUAUAUACAUUUUUUUUUGUUUAAACUAAGCUUGAGCACUUCCUUAAUUUCAAGGGGCAAAUUGAAAUUGUAAAAUAACGUAUUAGCGAUGGAAGGAAUUCGAGCCCAAAGGCCAGAAUCGUAUGAUAGUACCCAAUUAGUACCCAAUAAAAUGUGUAAUAAUA